GUCUUCGAACCUAAAGCCCACACAAAACUCUCAAACUAUUAUUAUCCAUAUAAAUACUAAUCUCUUCACCAUCUUUUAUACACAUCUAAUCAUCUCCUCUCCUUCUCCUCACAAUGGUUUCUGUAUCAGUUAAAAACAGAUCCAAAAUAAAAACUACAAUACUCAUUGCAUCUGAUGUAGCUUCAUGGUUGUGUGCUAUUAGCCUUAUGGCUCUUGUAUUGAUGAGUUCUGUUAAGGAAAACAACACUAGGAAUUGGGAAAAUUCUGUCGUCAGAGGAAAGCAGCUGGGCCUGUCUCAUAAUCGACCAUGCGAUGAAAUAUAUGUAGUUGGAGAAGGAGAAACAUUACAUACAAUCAGUGACAAGUGUGGUGAUCCUUAUAUUGUUGAAAGGAAUCCACAUAUUCAUGAUCCUGAUGAUGUUUUUCCUGGUCUUGUUAUCAAGAUUGUUCCUUCCAACCAUAACAAGUCAUUGAGAUAACCUUUUUGAUGGAAGAAUAUUUUGCCUUCCUCUUUUUUCUUCCUCAAAAAUAAAUGUGCUCUCUACAUGUAUAGGAAUAAACUUGAGCAUGAAUUAUUACUGAAAUUAAUAC